GGCCAGCUGGUCCCUUUCCCCAAGCCAGCUCCUCCCACCCAUCACCCCAGCCCCUCCCCUCCAGUUUUCUCUAAGGAUUCUAAGGGAUCGGCUGGAGACACUGCCCCCCUCGGUGUCACUGAUGAGCAUCCUCCUCCCUCUGCGUCCUGCCUCCGAGCUUCUUUCCUCCUGGAUCCCCAAGCAGGCAGCGGGAUAGCGAGCUCAGCCUCCCCUUGCCCAGGCUCCUGGCAGGGCAGGGCUGAGCUGAGAUUGGGCCAGGGCAGCCCCUUGCUUCUCUCCUAUCGCUGCAGGUGGGCUGCAAGCUUGGGGCUCCUCUCUGACCUUUAGCAUCACCUCCGUUGCGUCCUUGGCCAUGGGCUCCAUGGGAAGCCCGGGCUGUAACCCUGAGGGUCAGGAGAUGCAGGGGCUGGGGCCAAGAGCCUGGGACAACCCGGCUUACAGCGGGCCCCCCUCGCCCCCUACAACCCUGAAGAUCUGCACCAUCUCGGGGCCUCUGCCAAGCCACCCCGGGGAGAAGCCCAAAGACGGGCCCCUCCACAGGGCCCCUCGAGGAUCAGGCAUGGACUGCUGUCGCCACAUGUGCUUCCACAUCUGUCGAGGCAUCAGAGGACUUUGGGGUACGACACUAACAGAGAACAUGGCGGAAAACCGAGAACUUUAUGUCAAGACUACCCUGAGGGAACUGCUGGUGUAUGUGGUGUUUCUGGUGGAUAUCUGUCUGUUGACGUAUGGAAUGACCAGUUCCAGCGCUUAUUACUACACCAAAGUGAUGUCGGAACUCUUCUUACAAACUCCUUCUGCUAGUGGAGUCUCUUUCCAGACUAUCAGCAGCAUGAAAGACUUCUGGGGCUUUGCCCAGGGUCCACUGCUUGACAGUCUGUACUGGACCAAGUGGUAUAACAACCAGAGUCUGGGCCAGAGCGAGCACUCAUUCAUCUACUACGAGAACCUGCUUCUGGGUGUUCCGAGACUGCGGCAGCUCAAAGUGAGGAAUGACUCGUGUGCUGUGCAUGAAGAUUUCCAAGAGGACAUAUUAGGCUGUUAUGAUGUCUACUCCCCAGACAAGGAGGAGAGGCUCCCUUUUGGACCCCUCAAUGGCACUGCGUGGACCUACCAUUCAGAGGAUGAGCUGGGGGGCUCAUCUCACUGGGGACAGCUUACCAGCUACAGUGGUGGUGGCUACUACACAGACCUGCCAGGGCCUCGAGAAGCUAGUGCCAAGGUUCUGCGUGGCUUGAAAGAUGGGCUGUGGCUGGACCGGGGCACUCGUGUUGUUUUCAUUGACUUCUCUGUCUAUAAUGCCAACAUCAACCUCUUCUGUGUUUUGAGGUUGGUGGUGGAGUUCCCAGCCACAGGAGGGGCUGUUCCAUCCUGGCAAAUCCGCACUGUAAAGCUGAUCCGUUAUGUGAGCUCCUGGGACUUUUUCAUCGUUGGUUGUGAGAUCCUCUUUUGUGUCUUCAUCUUCUACUAUGUGAUAGAGGAGGCCUUAGAGCUGAGGAUUCACAAGCUCCAUUACCUGAGCAGUGUUUGGAACAUCCUGGAUGUGGUGGUCAUCCUGCUCUCUAUUGUGGCUGUGGGCUUCCAUGUGUUCCGUACCCUAGAAGUAAACCGUCUUAUGGGGCACCUCCUGCAGCGGCCAAGUGACUAUGCUGACUUUGAGUUCCUGGCUUUCUGGCAGACACAGUAUAACAACAUGAAUGCCGUCAACCUUUUCUUUGCUUGGAUUAAGAUAUUCAAGUACAUCAGCUUCAAUAAGACAAUGACUCAGCUCUCAUCUACACUGGCACGCUGUGCCAAGGACAUCCUAGGCUUUGCCGUCAUGUUCUUCAUCGUCUUCUUCGCUUAUGCCCAGCUGGGCUUCCUGCUCUUUGGGACCCAAGUGGAAAACUUUAGCACUUUUGUCAAGUGCAUCUUCACUCAGUUCCGGAUCAUCCUUGGAGACUUUGACUAUAAUGCCAUUGACAAGGCCAACCGAGUCCUGGGCCCUGCAUACUUCGUCACCUAUGUGUUCUUCGUAUUCUUUGUGCUUCUGAAUAUGUUCCUGGCCAUUAUCAACGACACAUACUCUGAAGUGAAGGAAGAGCUGGCUGGACAGAAAGAUGAGCUGCAGAUCUCAGACCUUCUGAAACAGGGUUACAACAAGACGCUGCUGAGGCUUCGCCUGAAGAAAGAGCGUGUCUCUGAUGUGCAGAGGGUGCUCGGAGGAGGAGAGAGACAGCUCCAGUUUGAGGAUUUCACCAACACCUUGAGGGAACUAGGGCAUGCCAAGCACGAGAUCACUGAAGUCACAGCGGCUUUCGCCAGGUUUGACAGAGACGGCAACCGGGUUCUCGAUGAGGAGGAGCAGGAGAGGAUGCGCCAGGACCUGGAGGAGGAGCGGGUGGCUCUGAGCGCCGAGAUCCAGACCCUGGGUCGGUCCCUGAGAGGCAGCCGGAAGGAUGAGGCGCGCUCCCCUGAAGCCAGGGGAAGCGUCUGGGUCUCUGGAGAGGAAUUCCACAAACUCAAGAACCGGGUCCUGAAGAUUGAAAAUGUCUUGGGGAACAUCAUAUCUCAGGUGGAUCCUGCUGGCUCAAAGGCUGCCCUGCAAGUGGCCUUCUCUGAGGACCUCUCUCAAGACACUAUCCGUUUCUAGUGUGAUUGUCCCAUCUCCAUCCAUAUAUGAGCUCUCCCUGGGCCCGUGUCUUCCUCUGUGUGUAGCCUCCUGUGUCUGUGGGUAGCUGUAUUGGGUGUGACUCAUUCUGUCUCUGUAUUUCCAUAUAUAACCAUGUGGUGGGUGCCACCCCCUAGAAGUUCCUAUCCCAUGUAAGCUCACGACUAUGAUGUGGUCCUGGCCCUGAGCUGAUUGCAUCGUUCAUAUCUAGGGAAAGGCCUCCAUUCUGUUGAGUAGAAAAGAAUCAAUAAAGUGUGUCAUAAAGCAAA